UGAAAAUCCCGCAAUCGACAUGGAAGAUGAAAGAAUGGACGAGUUCCAAAUUGAUGAUUUUCCGAACGAGAUUCUGGGGAUGAUCUUUGACCGACUUCCGUUCGCCGAUCUGCUCCGUGCAUCUCACGUUUGUGGGCGCUGGAGCGCUGUUGUGGCCACUUUUUGCAGUCACCGAGUUCUGCUGCGCAUCAGAACCAACGAAAGGGUGGAAAUGAUGAGUCGAUUCCGCCAUCCCAAGCACGUGGCAAUCAAUUUUGAGCUUGGAUUUGUGCUUCACCGCGUCAUGGAGUGGGUGCGUUGGCUGCGGGAUGUGGCAUCGACCCUGGAGACGUUGGACAUCACAGUUGGAAAUCUAAAUCUGUUGGAAGAAGUGGAACUCACAAAUCUCGUGGAACUUGAGUUGAGUAUUGGCCGCUACGUGGAGCUGGAGAUGUAUGACAGUGAGCAGGUCGACCUUCUCAACCAGUUCUUGGGUUGCCUCAAGCGACUGAAAGUGGCCGUAAUAUGUGCCUCGACCAACCUCGACCAAUUGAAAAUUUUGGAUUGUGGAGUAGUCGACUACCCUCCGGAAAACUCCAUACGAUCCCUGCCCAUGCGACUUGAAGCCCUUACGUUGAACGAGCUCGACGUCAGGGACGUUUCCAGGCUGCAAAUGUUGUUCCACAACGUGCUCAAUUUGGAAAUCAUUCAACCAAUAAGCGGCGAAUGUCUCCACCAGAUCGCCAUCUCGUGGCCUACGCUUCACCGACUGUCCAUCAAAGUCACACGGCUGGCCGGGGUGACGCAGGACCUGCGCCGUUUGCCGGACCUACGCACACUGGUGCUGCACCAUGUCGGCCAAAGAGCGUUCAGCCUGCGGUCCAGCUUCCGGCUGCUAAACUCUCUGCUCCGCAUUCGAUCGCUCGAGAUGUUGGUCAUCUUUGGCCACGGAGAUUUCAGCGUUCCGGACCGGAACCCGAGCUGCGAGAUUUUCCUGAACGAUCGACAGUUGUGUCGUUGAAGGACGGAUCAUUUCUUUCUAACAAAUAAGCCCACCAAGCAAUUUUCGUUAUCAUUUCAUAGAUAUGGAUGAAAAUGUGUUACAUUACUUUCACUUACUGCGUU